AUGGCCCUGGAAAAGGAGCCUCCAUCUUCAGAUAGUGCACUGGAAUAUCUUAUAACAACGUAUGGAGAGCUCAAUAGCUCUAUUAUCGAGGAACUUGAUUGCGAACCGAGCCCUCUGGAGUUCAUGCGAUAUGUCGCUAGCAAUACACCAUUCGUUGUCCGUGGUGGUGCAUCUUCUUGGAGAGCCUUCCACAAAUGGGACAAAGAUUAUCUCGUCUCCCGCUUAGCUGGUCAAUUGGUAAACGUCGCUGUCACGCCGAAUGGAAAUGCAGAUGCUCCUACCCUCUCCCCUCCUCAUUUAUAUCCUCUUUUCGCAAAGCCGCAUGAGGAAUCCCAACCAUUCCAAGAGUUUAUUGACUACAUUGUUGCUCAGGAGACGGACCCUGACUUCCCUCAAGAUGCCGAGGUCCGCUAUGCGCAAACACAAGAUGACAAUCUCCGACAAGAAUAUAAGCGCUUAUAUGAUGAUGCGCAAAGAGAUAUUCCUUUCGCCAGGAUUGCGCUUCAGAGACCGCCCGAGGCUGUCAACAUGUGGAUAGGAAACUCGAGGUCGGUAACCGCGACCCAUAAAGACAACUUCGAAAACAUCUACGUUCAAAUUCGGGGUCGAAAACGCUUUGUCCUACUAUCGCCACUUCACUAUCACUGCAUGAAUGAGCAGCGUCUUCAGCCAGCAACGUAUGCCAGAGGCUCGCAGGGACGGUUGUCGCUGUGUCUCGAUCAAGACACAACCCCGGUUCCAUUUGUUACAUGGGACCCCGAUCAUCCGGAUAAAAACUGUACACCGUUGUCACGUCUUGCGAAGCCUGUUCGUGUCACUCUUAAUCCGGGUGAUAUGCUCUAUCUUCCUGCGAUGUGGUACCACAAGGUCACGCAAUCCGUCAUGGAAAAUGAUGACAAUAAUUUUGUGGUGGCAAUCAACUACUGGUACGACAUGAGUUUCAACGGUCCUCUGUUCCCUACAGCCUCCUUUCUCCGCGAAGUUACCCUAGCGCAGGUAUAA